GCACGUCCCGCCCGCUGCGAGGCAAGGGCCUCCGGGAUUCCUAGAGAGGACUCGGAAGUGCUCUCGGGGGUGGGAUCUACGGCUCUACCCCGUUGGUCAGGGAAAGCUUGGACUUGCUUACUUCCGGCGAGGAAGUGUUGCGAAGUGUCGGCUUCGGUUUUCUCUCUGUUUGUAAGAAGAAACCCAUCUUCCCAGCCUUGGCUGCGGGAGCUUGAUCUUCCAGGAGAGCUCCCCGGGGCUGGGACCUUGAGCAAGGGGGAUGCCCUUUGUGUCCAGACGAGGGUCCUGUCCCUAACCUUGAUCGGGCAGGUUUCCGUGGCUCGGGGUCAGGGGCGAUUGUCGGGAAUCCGAGUGCAGAAUCUGUACUUAGAACCCCGGUUCUCUUCGGGACCCAUGAAGUCCCCCGUUGAUCUGUCAAGCUCUUACGGCUUGAAGGACAGGUCCAGUUUUGACCGUUGUAAUGUUUUUGACCUCUGUUCUGACUUAAGUUUGGCUUGUGGUAGAGAAAGGAGCGGCUGCGUCUGGACUAACUAGUUAUAGGUUGCACGCUAAUGAGAGUGUCCUUCAGAAGAUCUUAAAGAGCAAAAGGCAAAUUUGAUCAGUGUAACCCAGCUUACCUGGAGAGCUAUCCCAGUUGGAAUGAUAAUGACAGAAACUGGGGAAGUUAUAGACUUAGACCCUCCGGCUGAGACUUCACAAGAGCAGGAAGACCUUCUGAUCGUGAAGGUAGAGGAAGAAGACUGCACCUGGAUGCAAGAGUACAACCCGCCAGUGUUUGAGACUUUCUAUCAGCGCUUCAAACACUUCCAGUACCACGAGGCGUCAGGCCCCCGGGAGGCCCUCAGCCAGCUCCGGGUGCUCUGCUGCGAGUGGCUGAGGCCCGAACUGCACACCAAGGAGCAGAUCCUGGAGCUGCUGGUGCUGGAGCAGUUCCUGACCAUCCUGCCCGAAGAGUUCCAGACCUGGGUGAGAGAACAUCACCCUGAAAGUGGAGAAGAGGCUGUGGCUGUGGUAGAAAAUAUCCAGAGAGAGCUAGAGGAACGCAGACAACAGAUUGUGGCGUUUCCCGAAGGGCUUCCUCAGAAGAUAGAGCCCCCUGGAGCCAGGCCCGAGUCCUUCAGUCACCAGCUCCUGCCUGUGGACCCGCAGCCCGAACAAGAGCCACAGAAGCCUCAUGUUCUGGAGGAAGACGCCCUUCCUGCUCUCCAAGUUCCCUCCCUUCCCCUGAAGGACAGCCAGGAGCUGACAGCCUCACUUCUCUCAGCUGGGUCCCAGAAGUUGGUGAAAAUUGAAGAUGUGGCUGAUGUGGCUGUAUCCUUCAUCCUGGAGGAAUGGGGACAUUUGGACCAGUCCCAGAAGUCCCUCUAUAGGGAUGACAGGAAGGAGAAUUAUGGGAGUGUUACUUCCAUGGAUUAUGAAUCCAGGAAUGACAGCAUGGAAGUCUUGGUAAAGCAGAUUUCCAAGGAGGCCGAAUCGCCAUGGAUGACCUCAGGAAGCACAGAAAGGAAUGUUCCCCCGAGCCAGGGGUUUGCAGAAGUCAGUGACCUUCACAGCAGGGUAGACAGGUGGCAGGUAAACCCCACGGUGGGGCGAUCAAGGCAGAACCCUCCUCAGAAAAGAGGUCUGGGUGCCAUCACGGACGUUCACCGUCAGCAGAACCCAAGCCGCGAGAGGGGUCACAAAUGUAAUGACUGUGGGAAAUUUUUCCUCCAAGCCUCCAACUUCAUUCAGCACCGGCGCAUCCACACAGGGGAGAAGCCUUUCCAGUGCGGGGAGUGCGGAAAAAGCUACAACCAGCGCGUGCACCUGACGCAGCACCAGCGGGUCCACACCGGGGAGAAGCCCUACAAGUGCCAGGUGUGCGGGAAGGCCUUCCGCGUCAGCUCGCACCUGGUGCAGCACCACAGCGUGCACAGCGGCGAGAGGCCCUACGGCUGCUCCGAGUGCGGCAAGAGCUUCGGCCGCCACUCGCACCUGAUCGAGCACCUCAAGCGCCACUUCAGAGAGAAAUCCCAGAGAUGCAGUGAUAAAAGAAGUAAGAAUACAAAACUGAAUGUUAAGAAGAAGAUUUCAGAGUUUUCAGCGGCAGACGUGGAACUCACAGGAAGAAUCCAGAGAAGUGUUCCUCCAGUUCAAGAUUUUGGAGAAGGCCAUGAACAGCAGGGCAAGUUGGAGAGAAAGCAGGGAAUUCCCAUGAAAGAGAGACUAGGACAAGCCUCUUCAAAGAGGGUGAAUUUCAACGAAGUCACGUACGUCCACAAAAAGUCCUCCCCAGGAGAGAGACCACAUAAAUGCAACGAGUGUGGGAAAAGCUUUAUCCAGAGCGCACAUCUUAUUCAGCAUCAGCGCAUCCACACGGGGGAGAAACCAUUUCGGUGCGACGAGUGCGGGAAAAGCUACAACCAGCGCGUGCACCUGACGCAGCACCAGCGGGUCCACACCGGGGAGAAGCCCUACACCUGUCCCUUGUGCGGAAAAGCGUUUAGAGUGAGGUCCCACUUGGUUCAGCAUCAGAGCGUGCACAGCGGGGAGAGACCAUUUAAGUGCAGUGAGUGCGGGAAAGGCUUUGGGAGGCGUUCGCACCUCGCCGGGCAUCUGAGGCUCCACUCGAGAGAGAAAUCCCAUCAGUGUCACGAAUGUGGGGAGAUCUUUUUUCAGUACGUGAGCCUCAUUGAACAUCAGGUGCUCCACGUGGGCCAGAAAAAUGAAAAAAACGGCAUGUGUGAGGAAGCGUAUAGUUGGAACUUAACCGUGAUUGAAGAUAAGAAGAUGGAGUUACAGGAGCAGCCUUAUAAGUGUGACGUGUGUGGCAAAGCCUUUCGCUUUAGUUCAGACCUGAUUCAGCAUUACAGAGCUCACACCGCAGAGAAAACCUCCAAGUGUGAGACGUGUCGAGGAAUCGCUGGCCAGUGUUCCCACAUAAAGCAACAUCCAAAAAGCUGCUCCAACCCGAAAUCCCAUCAGUGUAAUGAGUGUGGCAGAGGCUUCACUCUCAAGUCACAUCUCAAUCAACAUCAGAGAACCCACACUGGUGAGAAACCCUUUCAGUGCAAAGAGUGUGGAAUGAGUUUCAGCUGGAGUUGUAGCCUCUUUAAACAUCUGAGAAGUCAUGAGAGGACAGAUCCCAUAAACACCUUGAGUGUGUAGGUGUUUCUCUCGUAGAGGCACUCGUACACAGUCUUAGAGAAGCCUUCCUGAGAAGGAGCCCCACUCCUGUAAUGAACGUAAUAGCAACUUCAAGCAUCUUCUCUGACGUAACCAUCAAACCUCCAGAUGUGUUGCAAUCCUUCAGUUAGAACUUAGGAACACUGGAGAAUCCACAACAAAGGUAGCUGCUCUUCCCACUGAGAAAUGCUUUCGUUAGCAUCUUCAUGCUUAAGAAUCUAGACAAGAGAGAAGCUAGGGAUACAGGGGGUGAAGGGAAACCUUCAGAUGACACUCAUUCUUCACGUGAGUCUCAGCACAUUGACACUGGGGAAGGCCUCACGAAUGCAGUAGAAAUAAGCUUUAGUAGUUUCUGCCUCAUUUGACAGUUUAUCUAUUCAGGGAAGAGCAUGGUGACAGGAAGAGAGGACUUCAGCAUGAUCCUGAUUUUGGUACCUCGGCAAUGAAUCUCCGAGGUAUGAUCCUCCCAGCCACUAGAAUGCUCCAGGCUCCGUUCCCUUUGAGUAGUAAACCCUUCAAAAAGAAACUGACUUAAGGUAUUUAUGUUUUGGUAAAGUUGAGGUUUGGAGGCUGGACGGGGGUGUGUUCUUGUUGCCUUAUUCAAUCUACAACUUCUCCGUGAAACACCCUCUACCUUUUUGUUUUGUUUUGAUUCUCCCUAGCAUCAAGUUUAGCUAGUAGAAAGAGAAGUCAAGUUUGUAAAUUCAGGAGAAACUGUGUUGGCCAGUCACUUCUUGGGGAGAGGGGAGCGGGACCUUAGGGGCAUAGAGAAGAGAAGAACUGUGGACUGGUUUUUAGUCUUAUUACCCACAAGAAUGAGGGCAGCUACAUCCAUAGAAGGAAUUGGACAACGCUGAGUGAAGAAUUAUGGUCCAAGCAGUGUAUGUACCAGCUCCCAGUUGCCAUGGAGAUAGAGCUCUCCCAUAGGAUAAUGGCGUGUAGAAUGAGCUUCAAUUUGAGUUGCAGCUGGAUUUGAAACUAAACAUUAAUUAGGAGCCAGGAGGUUAUGGUCUGGUGAGCCCUGCCUUGUGGGAAGGUCUGGGUGGGAUUGUGGGGGAAAGACAAUUACAUGGAUGAGGGUUAACUUGAGCCUGUUUGCUAGAGAGGGACACAGGCUUCUGGGCGCUGCUGAAGUAAGUCCUGCUUCUGCUGACUGCCUGGCUUAACAAUAAACACCCAAGAAACA